AUGGCUGAUACACAACUUUUAUUAUGGAACUCCUCCACAAGAGAAUCCGCGCCACUUCCCCAUGCAGACUUUAACGAACUGCAUUCUUCUUUUGGAUUGAGAUAUGACGCUACAAGUGAUGGCUAUAAGAUCCUUAAGUUGAACAUUACGAAUUAUCCAAAACAAUGGAUUGAAAUUCUCACGCUAAAAAGUGGUUCUUGCAGAAAAAUUAGUUGCCUUCCAACUGUCAUUUGCCCUACCACAGGAUGUAAACUGGAGAUUUAUCCUUACCCAAAUAAAAUUGUUGAUCCUAUGGUAUAUGUCCAUGCAGCAUUUCAUUGGCUUGGUUAUUUAUUCAGAAGGAAGUAUUAUGUUGUUUCAUUUGAUAUUUCAAAUGAGGUGUUUGGAGUUGUACCUUUGCUAGAGGAUAUGUUCGUAGGGGUUGAUCAAGGCCUGCCUGAUAGUGGUCUUUCAUUAUUGGAUGGAAUGCUGUGCUUCCAUAUUACUGCUAAAGAUGAUUCGAUGGGCAUGUUCAAGUUAUGGGCGAUGAAAGACUAUGACGUCAAGGAAUCUUGGAUCGUAUUGUUUACCAUACAAGUCGAUUAUCUUGCUAUAGCCAAACCUAAAUAUAGGUUUCCGGAUGGUGAUGUGCUGUUAUAUUCACGAGGGGAUCCCACAUCAAGGUUUAAAACCUCGGACCUUCACAUUUCAGACAUCCAAAGGAAAAUUUGGAUUUUGGCCUCGUAA